GAUCUUGGAUCUUUGUUGUAUUGCCAAGGCUAAAUAAUAUAAUAAGUUAGCAGCCCUGUGGAUCAUUAAACAAGCAGGGAUCGCCCUGAUCGACCAACUUGGCCUGAAUCGUGUCAAGCGCAAUACGCUAUGAAUCAAUUAUGGAGUAAUCGAUCGCUGACGCUGCUCUAGUCUAGUCAACCAGAUUCUUCCCCUAUAAUCCUUCCUCCCCAUUCCCUUCUUGUUCUCUUCAUGAUCUCUUCUAGACAUCUAUGAUCCUACUUGAAUAUGGGAAAAUUGCCCACCUUUUCACGGUCGCCGUCGCCCGCCUACGGCCGGCGACCGGCCACCGUGCUCUCCCAUCGCAUCCUGCGCUCUCUUCUCUAUUUUCUCGCUUGGAUCUUUCUCCUCCUCGUCUGCAUCGCCAACACGUCCAACAAACCCGUCCUACGGAACACCUAUUUCCUCAAGAUUGAUCUCUCCAACAUCAUCCCGCUCUCCGUCCCCAAUGCCGUCCUCAUCAACUCUAUCGCCCGAUCCAUCGGGCUGCACGAUUUUUACCAGGUCGGUCUGUGGAACUUCUGCGAGGGCUACAACAGUGAGGGCAUCACCCACUGCUCUAGUCCCCAGACUCUCUACUGGUUCAAUCCCGUUGAGAUUAUUUUGAGCGAACUCCUCGCCGGAGCCAGUAUCGCCCUCCCCGCCGACAUCAGCGAUGCCCUCCAGAUCGCCCGCAUCGCCUCCUACUGGAUGUUCGGCCUCUUCAUCACCGCCACCGUCCUGACCUUUGUGCUCAUCUUCCUCUCCCCGCUGGCCGUCUCGUCCCGUCCCCCGCAGAGCAUCUCCCCCUCGGCCGAGACCAACGCCGCCCACCCCCCGCACCGCCGUCGCACCUUUGUCCUCCUGCGCAGCAGCCCCUUCCUCCUCCUCACCUUCAUCACGGCCCUCUUCACCAUCGUCGCCUCCGUCGUCGCCACCGUCAUGUUCCUCAUCUUCCGCAACGUCUUCACCGACUCCUCCUACGAGCUGAACAUCGAGGCCGAGAUCGGCACCCGCAUGCUGGCCUUCAUGUGGAUCGCCAGUGCCUUGAACCUCAUCGCCUUCAUCUGGCAGUCCGGGUCGUGCUGUGCCGCCUGCUGCGGGGGGCGGAAGGCCCGAAAACAGCUAAAGGAGCAUGGGUCCUCCGAAUCCAGCGGCUCCAAUGGGUCCGAUAUGCGCGAGAAGCCUCAAUCCCACCACCAAAGUCCGACAGGAACGACCCCGACAGGAAAUGAGUAAUUUGACUCAAGGCCCGAAUUAUAAUAGUUCCUAUAUAGACUGCGAUCUAUGUGCAUUUGUCAAGCGUGUUUUGGUGGGUUGAUGGUACCUCUAGACUUGACCUUGAUUUUCUUUUCUUCUAUUCUUUUUUUUUUCUACUUAUUUCCCUUUAUUUAUUCCCUUCUUGUCACCUUGGUUUUUUGUUCCAUUCUGGUUGGAUAUUGGUUUAUUCUCUUAUUUAUUUUAUUUUAUUUUCUGGUCUACCAGCAAGCAGCGUGGCGUGCGUUGAUCCCAUCCAAAGCCGCAGGCUGAACUUUACGACUUCCACGAUUCAUGAUAUGAUCGACUGAUCCAUCCACAUCUAUGUACGCACCGGUACAGGAUAGGAUAGAGAUCGAUAGAUAGGUAGAUCGUUCACAGCUGUAUAUCCAUGUAAGCUGUUCAAUCUAUAUAUUCGACAUGUAAUCUGGAUUAUCAUGGCGGUUUGGCUAGUCAUGUAGGUCAGUUGACUGGGAAUAGUAGUCGUAGUCGUAGUCGUACUAGUAGUACUAGCUAUAUAGACAGUCACGCAUCAAAAAC